AAUAACGAUUUCAAAUAUGUUUGACAUUGUUAAUGCAAAUAUGGAACAAAGAGAGAGAGACUUUUAACCGACUCGAUAUUCGACGGCUUUGCUCCUUUCCACGUAACGCCGUCGAUCCGAUCCCUGCCGUUCAAUCGUCCACCUCAUUACCACGUAGCGCCGUCAUGACACGUCGCUAAAUCUUGCUCUCCCUAAUAUAAACCCACCAUUACGCUGUUGUCUUCUCCACCCCUCUCCUUUCGGCGUCCUCCAAUCCGUUCGCCUCCUGUCUGCUGCUGCUGCUGCUGCUCAUUGGGAAUGGACAAAAGAAGAACUCGACGCAACGAAGCGAACCCGAAGGUAACAUCUUGCAUCCGGAUCGAAGGAAGGAGACCGAUCGAAGUCCCCCCAGUUUGCGUCGACGAAAGCACUUUCCGUUCGACUGCAACUGGGUGGUUCCUGUUCGGGUCAAUCUCCUUCGGUCUUUCUUCCCCUUUUGUGUAGAAAACAUCACAUUGAUGGAAUCAUCGGAAUCCUUGGUUGUUCUGAGAAUCCUGAAUUGGUUCUCCGAAGCUUCCCGUGAUUCCGUGAUUGGUUCGUAGGAUAGAUUUGAAUUUCUUGUUAAGAUGGCCGUAGUUGGAGAUGAAUUGUAGCUUCUGAGGAACCAGGCGGUUGUUUUGCUCCUUCCUUGUCUGUUAGGGCACGACGAUGUCGUCGUCCGCGCUCGUAGCAAACCCCACCCUGGAGGAUUCAGCGCUCUCCCCAGUCAGUUUCGAAGGCAGCCGACGCCCGCAUUGCUCGCCGGAGGCAAUCCUGAUCUACCUCACCGUCCCGGGGUCGCCGGUGAUACCUAUGAAGGUGUUGGAGUCGGAUUCGAUCGCCUCCGUGAAGCUUCGAAUCCAGAGCUUCAAGGGUUUUGUUGCCGGGAAACAGACUCUGAAGUCUAAUGGCAGGGAGUUGGCACGGAAUGAGAGCCUGGUGAGGGACUACGGCUUGAGCGAUGGGAAUGUCCUGCAACUUGAAACUAGACUCUCCGAUCUCCGAUCUAUCACUAUAAAGACCACCUGCGGCAAGAAGUAUGAGUUCCAAGUGGAAUCGCGCCGCAACAUUGGGUAUGUUAAACGGCAGGUUGCCGAGGGUGGUUGGGCCUUGGGCAAUCUCGAGGAUCAUAAGCUGGUGUGUGAUGGUGAGGAGAUCGGUGACGAUCAGAUUAUCGAUGACAUCUGCAAGAACAAUGACGCUGUGUUCCAUUUGGUGAUCCCCCAAUCAGCAAAGGUUAGAUCCAAACCUGUUGAGAAGGACAACGAGCUGGUGGUGGUUGCUUCUGAUUGGAAGAAAAAGAAGGGGAUCGAUGAUCUUCAAAUGGUUGCUGGGAAGCCACGGCAUAGACAUUGUUGGAUUCAGCAGAACAUUGUCGAUCCCAAAGUUGAACACUCUCCGGCGAUCAUGGAACUGGUCCGAUCGACCUCUGCAGGGCUGGAGAAGGGGAACCCACCGAUUCUGUCUACGGAAGGCUGUGGGGGAGUUUACUUCAUGCAGGACGCCCUGGGUCACAGGUGCAUUGGCGUGUUCAAGCCGAUCGACGAGGAACCCAUGGCUGAGAACAAUCCUCGAGGGCUUCAGUUGUCGACAAAUGGUGAGGGAAUGAAGAGGGGGACGCGUGUUGGAGAGGGAGCAAUGAGAGAGGUCGCAGCAUAUGUACUCGACCACCCCUUGGGCGGACGACGCAUAUCCGAGGAAGCUGGGUUUGCUGGUGUUCCACCGACAGUCAUGGUGGGGUGCUUGAACCGUGGUUUCCAUCGUUCCGAUGAGGAUAACGGUGCGGGAAAGACGGUUAAGGUUGGAUCCUUACAGAUGUUUGUGGAGAACUGUGGAAGCUGCGAGGAAAUGGGACCUCAAGCAUUCCCGGUUGGGGAGGUUCAGAAGAUAGCCGUGUUGGAUAUACGGUUAGCGAAUGCUGAUCGCCAUGCUGGGAAUAUAUUGGUCUGCAAGGAUAACAAAGGCCGGAUAAAGCUGGCUCCCAUUGAUCAUGCAUACUGCUUACCUGACAGGUUUGAAGAUUGUACCUUUGAUUGGCUCUAUUGGCGCCAAGCUCGGCAGCAUUUCAGUGGUGAAACCAUUGCUUACAUCAAAUCACUAGAUGCUGAAGAAGAUAUUGCACUUCUCAAAAGCUAUGGGUGGGAACUGUCACCUGAAAGCUCUCGCACUCUUCGUAUCUCAACCAUGCUUUUGAAGAAGGGCGUACAAAGAGGGCUGACUCCCUACGACAUCGGAAGCAUCAUGUGCAGGGUAACCACCGAGAAGGAAUCAAAAAUUGAGGAGAUCAUCCGUGAGGCGGGGAAUGCUAUCCUGCCACGCUCUCGUGAAACUGCAUUUCUGGAGUGUGUCUCUGAGAUCAUGGAUCGUCACCUCGACAAACUUUUAUCAUAG